GUCUUGCCAUUGGUUCUUGCUGUUCAAUACUCGCCUCUGAUACGCUAGUGGAGCUGUCACUCAAAUUGUGGCGCACUGGAUGCAUGCGCGGUAGGGAAUCAAAGUUCUCUUGUUCAAAGGAGAAAAGUGCCUGAUCCUAAGUUUAAGAAAAAUUGUUUAGUUUUCCCCCAGCUGUAUUUAAAAAGCAACACUGACACGGUUCUUAGAGAAAGUAAAGAGUAAUGGCGGACUGGGGAGAGUACUAUCGAAACGAAGACGAUGAAGUUGAGCAGGACGAGGAAGACUCUGGAGGUGAUUACAAAAUCAGUGGCCGUGACAGCCUGGUGUUUUUGGUUGAUGCAUCCAAAGAGAUGUUCAUCAAGGGUGAGGAUGGAGAGCCAUCAAAUUUUGACAUGACUAUGCAGUGUGUGCGCAGUGUGUACACUAGUAAGAUCAUAAGCAGUGACAAAGAUCUGGUCGCUUUGGUGUUCUAUGGGACUGAGCAGAGCAAGAACCCCAGAAACACCUUCAAGCAUGUCUACAUUUACCACGACUUGGAUUCUCCUGGAGCUCAGCGUGUACAGGAUAUUGAUAAACUGCAGGGUGAGAAAGGAGCUCAGUUGGCUGAAAAGACCCUGGGCAGUGGGGAAACUUCCCUCGGAGAGGCUCUAUGGUGCUGCUCCAACCUUUACAGUGACAUCAAGUUGCGACUGUCACACAAGCGCCUCAUGAUCUUCACAUGCAGGGAUGACCCUCACGGAGGAGACGCCGCUAAAGACAGACAGGCUCGUACAAAAGCUUCUGACCUUAAAGAGACAGGUGUGGUCAUAGACUUGAUGCACCUCACAAAGCCUGGAGGGUUCGAUGUUUCCCUGUUCUUUUGUGAUAUUGUAAGCCCUCCAGAAGAUGAAAGUGAGCUUGGCGUCCAGGUUGAGCCCUGCAGGAAACUCGAGGACUUGAAGAAGAGGGUCAGAGCUAAAGAGUUGAAGAAAAGAGCUCAAAGCAGGUUAACAUUCUCGCUCGGAGAAGGUGUCAAUCUGGCAAUCGGUGUAUAUGUGUUGGCCAGGACUGCCACCAAACCUCCUGCCGUCAGACUUUACAGAGAUACUAAUGAACCUGUGCGCACUAAAACCCGUUACUUCCACACCCACAAUGGGGGCAUACUUUUGCCAAAUGAUAUGAAGAGGGCACAGGUUUAUGGGAAGAAACAGAUUGUGAUGGAAAAGGAUGAGGUGGAUGAGAUUAAGAAGUUUGAUGAUCCAAAUUUGGUGCUGAUGGGGUUUAAGCCCAUGGACCGCCUCAAACUGCACCAUCAUUUACGACCUGCACUCUUCAUAUACCCUGAGGAGGAGCAGAUAGCAGGGAGCUCCUGUAUGUUUACAGCUCUGCUUCUGAAGUGCAGUGAAAAAAAUGUAUUUGCAUUGUGCAGAUACAUCCCUCGUCGUAACACUCCACCUAGGUUUGUAGCACUAGUUCCCCAAAGAGAGGAGCUGGAUCAGAGUCAAACCCAGGCAACACCUCCAGGCUUCCAUGUGAUAUUUCUUCCCUUUGCUGAUGAUAUACGCACUGUGGAUGCUCACGAGGGUCCCACAGCCUCCGAUGAGCAGGUGGACAAGAUGAAAGAGAUUGUGCACAAGCUCCGCUUUAAAUACAGGAGUGAUUCAUUUGAAAACCCAAUGCUGCAACAGCACUACAGGAAUCUGGAGGCUUUGGCUCUUGAUAUGCUCGCACCUGAGCCCAUUGAGGAUCUGACAAUGCCCAAGGUAAAUAUGAUAGAUGAUCGUCUUGGCCCACUGGUUCAGGAGUUCAAAGAUUUAGUCUAUCCUCCUGAUUAUAACCCAGAAGGGAAGCCUGCAGCUAAACGCAAACCUGCUGAAUCUGGUGGUGGUGGUGCUGAAAAGAAGCCCAAAGUUGAGAUGUCUGAGGAAGAGCUGAAAAACCUUGUCGCAAAGGGCACCUUGGGCAAACUGACAGUUCCUCUGCUAAAAGAUGCAUGCAAGCAGUUUGGAAUACGUACAACAGGAACCAAGAAACAGGAGCUUAUAGAUGCCCUGACCAUGCAGCUCUCUAAAUAAGCUAAUGUUCUUAAAGCCUUGCCCGUAUUUGGGGGGAAAAACAUGACACCUUGAUUCCAUACUUGUUCAUAACAUAAAUACAGAAAGAUUUGUAUGUCUGCGCAUUUUAAGUCACUGUCAUUUUGAGUCAGUCUUGCCUAUCUAGUGCACGUCACAUAUAAUUUCGUUCAGCAUUGACUGUUAUCAUAACAUAUGCAAUAAAAGCUUGAAAUUUGUAGUUCUGACAGCAUUAAACAUCUUAUUUCA